AUGGACAAGGCCAAGGCAGCUAUCACCGACUUCAUGGGCCGUUCCGGUCACCACGACACCACUGUCCACGAGGCAGUUGCCCCCGCUGUUCAGCACGAGGUCAUCAAGCCUCACGUACACGAGGAGAUUAACACUGCCAUUGACAAGGAGGUUCACCAGGACCACUACCACCGCACUGUCCAGCCCGUCCACGACCGUGAGGUCCUGCCAGAGCAACACACUGCUAAGCUCGGUGCUGUUCAGCACCGCGAGUUUGACCACCGCGAUGCCGAUGCCACUAAGAGGGCCUUGGUCGACGACCAGGCUCGCUUUGCUGACGAGCGCCGCAUUGAGGACACCACCCACAGCCAGAGUGUUGCCCCUACUGUUGGCGGAGAGCACGUCCACCACCACAUCCACGAGACUAUCCAGCCCGUUGUUCAGAAGGAGACCAUCCAGCCCAACGUUGUCCACACCACCGUCCCCAUCCAUGAGGUUCACCAUAACAAGGCUACCCACCAUGAGACUACUGCUCUCCCAGCCAUGACCAUGGAACAGUUCAAGGCUAAGGGCGGUGCUCUCACCGGCCGCGAGGAGCGCUACGACGAGUUUGAGGGCGUCCCCAAGAACAUCGGCGGCGCUGGUGGCAUCGGCGCUGCUGCAGGUCUCGCCCACAAGACCACUUCCCACGGCCACGAGCACGCCCGCCACGGCGACUACGACGCUACCCCCAACCACCACAGCGAUGCUGGCUUGAGGGAGGGAGGUCUUACUCACAACUCUACUACUACCGGUACACACAACCCCCUUGACCGCAACAACGACGGCAAGGUUAGUGCCAAGGACUUGACUGGUAGCCACUCCAACACCUCCCACACUGACCGUGGCGCUUCCGGCCAGGGCAACCUGACCGGCUCUUCCACCCAGGGAGGAGUUGUUGGCAGUGGUGUUGGUGACCGCAACCACGACGGCAAGAUCGAUAGUCAGGACCUCAGAGACCCUGCCCGCAGCGGCAACCACGGUGCUACAGGUACGAAAGACCCCAGUGGACAUGUCGUGGGCGGUACCGACAAGGGUCACAUGGAGCACCGUCCCAACGAGGAUGGCAGCUUGCCCAAGGCCCUUACCGAGGACCGCUCAAAGGCCAUCCCCCACUCCCAAGCAUCCGAAGAGGAAGCGCGGAAACUAGAAUCUGAACAUGAGGCCAACAAGAAAUAG